AUGUUGGGCGAGUACAAGAAGCUUGGUGAGCAUGGCAGUACAAUCGAGGACGGGGAGCUUGAACCGACCGUCGCAGACGGGCUCCUCUCCCACAAGAGGGAACAUCCUCACACCUCUGAACUACCAGCCGGACUCGCUUACGAUGUGCCAACCCGAUACUCCCUCUCCACCGACUACACGAGCGACAACCAGACGCUUGCCACUUACAUGUGGGAUAGCCUAAAUCUGGACUCAAUGGUCAUUGCCCCGACGAUCGAAUGGGCUGAGGCAAUGGGCCUGCCAGACUCCUGGGACUUUCCAUGGGACCCAACGCGGAAAAUCUACUUUGUCAAGGUCUAUCAUCAACUGCAUUGCCUGAAGAACAUCCGCCGCGCCUUCAAUCAACUCCUCUCCGGUGAAGUAAACCCAAUCCCCUUCGGCCACGUCGAGCAUUGCCUCGACACCUUACGACAGGACCUCAUGUGUCGCGCCGACGACACACCCAUGCCAUCGCUGCAGUUGGUCAACGGGGCUGGAGAGGGCCAGAUUCGACAAUGUAAGGACUUUGAGAAGCUGGUGGCGUGGACGAAGCACCCGGACCGCGACGCGUGCUACCGGCGGCUGAGCGACUAUCGGCCUCCGUCGCGCAGUAUCGAUCGCUAUGCAUUUUGUGCACCGGACAGUGAGCAUUUCGCGACCAUGACGAGGUAUUUUGAGUAUUAUGGGUAUCCGGAGGUGGUUGAGGAUUGA